AAUUCAAUUUCAUUAUCGUCGUAAAAUUCUACAUAGUUUGACAAAAUUUUUAAGUGAAAAUUUCAUUUAAAAAGCUAGAAAACCAAAUUUUAUUAUUAUGGGUACUCCAGUGCGUAAGUGCAAAAAAAAGCGCAAAGCUAAGAAGAAGCCAGCCUACAAAUGCCAGAAGGUGGCCAGGUUGACCUGUAAUGGCUAUCUGAACUUCCUGCGUGAAUUCAAGAAAAAAUGUUGCGGCCUUUCGCCACAGGAAAUGGUCCGUAGAGGAGCACGGGCAUGGAAUGAGUUAACUUGCGAAGAAAAAGAGAAGUACAAGCAAAUGUACUUCAAACAAAAAUCAAAGUCAUCGAAUAAGAAGAAAAGUGGUCAAUCGUGUCGAUGUUCACAUUCUCUUGACAUUGAUGCAUUCGUGUUUCCAUAAUUUGAUGUAAAUUUAAAGUUAAAAUUUAUAAUUAGUUUUCAAAAUUCAUUGUUUGCCAAAUGUGAGUCAAUCCAAUCUUGUAAUCAACAAAAAGGAUCACCAAAUAUAGAAAGUUGAUAAAGUUAAA